AACAGCUGUUAUAAAACAUCAACGUCAACGUGUUUUUAUUUAGCCGGUCUGCUAGAAUUUUAGGCUAGUUAGGCUAUAUUUUUUGUUGAUAAAUGUGUGACAUUUAGUAUUUUUUCAUAUUUUUUGACGUACUAUGAAUGUUUAAGAAUGACUAGGCAAAGAAAAGUAUCAAAUAAUAUUGAAAAACAGCAUAAACAUCAUCAUGCCAAAGUGGUCCCCAGACCUAGAGAUGUUGUGGAAAAGGAAAAUGCAUCAUUUCGAAUGUUUACUAAAGUAAUUGCUUGUUUAAUUUGCAUUGGAAUUGCUGCUUAUAUUGGUUAUAAAGGCUACUUAGAAACUCGGGUGAAUACACCUUUUGAUGAUGUAAAGAUGGUUGCAAGGAGUGGACUGGAUGUACCUGAAAAAUACUGGGGAAGUUACAGGCCAGGAGUUUACUUUGGUAUGAAAACUCGGGAGCCCCAAGGCCCUGUUGUAGGUCUUAUGUGGUAUCUACCACGUAUUCUGAACACAACUGGGAGUGGAAUUAGGCAUUGGUGUGAAAAUGGCGACAAUUUCAAGAAAUUUGGCUGGACCGAACAUGAUGGCGUCAAUUUUGGGAUACAGGAGAUCGUCGAUGGCUCCUUCUCGCUGACCACAUCUUUUGUGAAACGAUCUGGCGGAAAGAAUGGGGGUGAUUGGACAGCUAGGAUUACUGUCAACAAUCAAUUGAAUUCGGCCGAUCCAAUAUCACUGAUAGUGUACACAGCACUGGAGAAGCAUACAAAAGGAGGCAUUGUUCCCAUCGAGAAGCACGGAGGAUUCGUCGGUGUAUCUGGAGAAACUGACAAGCUUGGCAAAUUCUCCAUGAAACUGCUCAAUGUGAAAGGAAACGUUGAACAUCAUUCAUUUCUCAGUGCCGUCGCGAAAGGAAUUAAUUUGCUGAAGGAAACGUUAAUGUACACAUUCACACUCGUCAAUGUUCCUGGCAAAGGUAGAUGGAUUUCACUGCCUGGAGAUCUAACCAGGGGAGAACCUCCAAACUUUAUAGCCACACAAUUAACCGUUAAGGCUCCAUUCACUCUAGAUGUUGUAUUUGAGUCAGGCAGUGUUGAUCGGUCAAACAUGCUGACAGGCGAUGUAUACACUAGGGAAUUGCAGAUGAGGUCUCAAGAUUUCCAUCAACGAUUUGAAAACACAUUCCGGUUGAAUGAGAAAGGUUACAAUGGUGAUCAAACAGCGUUCGCCAAAUCUACAUUUAGUAAUUUGCUGGGAGGUAUUGGGUAUUUCUAUGGUUCUUCAAGGGUAAAAUCUCAGUACACCGAGGAGCCAGUGCCUUACUGGAAAGCCCCUCUGUACACUUCGGUCCCAUCUCGCACCUUUUUCCCCAGAGGGUUCCUAUGGGAUGAGGGAUUCCAUGGCUUGCUGAUAGCCACCUGGGAUCUGGACAUUGAACUCGACAUAAUUUGUCACUGGUUUGACCUGAUGAAUGUGGAAGGCUGGAUCCCGAGGGAGCAGAUACUAGGACCUGAAGCCUUGGACAAAGUGCCGGAGGAGUUUGUCACUCAGAUAAAUUCCAACGCAAACCCUCCCACGUUUUUCAUCACACUCCACUAUAUCCUCAACAAUUUUGGAGAGCAGAUAGUGGAAGAGAAACGGUUGGUGACGUUGGAGAGACUGUACCCUAGAUUAGUAGCCUGGUUCAACUGGUUUAAUACUACACAACUCGGCGAUCUACCAGGAACAUACAUGUGGCAAGGCAGGGACGCCAAUACAAACAGGGAGCUCAAUCCGAAAACUCUCACUUCAGGAUUAGAUGAUUACCCAAGGGCAUCUCAUCCGAAUAUCGAUGAACGUCACAUUGAUCUCCGAUGUUGGAUAGCAUUGAGUGCAUCUACUUUAGCUGACUUAUCAAAAAUACUGAACCGUCCUUACAAAAAAUAUCAGGAAACAUUCGAUUAUCUAACAGAUCAACGGUUUCUGGACCAUCUCCACUGGUCUCCGCGGUCUGAAUCCUACUCGGACUUCGGCCUCCACACAGACGCCGUCAUUCUCAAAAAACCUCCCCCUCCCACCACCCCAUCCCCCAUUCAAAACAUGAUGAGAGUGGUCCUAAAAGACCCCGUCCUUCAAUACAUCGACACAUCAUUUGGAUACGUCAGUUUGUUCCCGUUCUUUCUACAGAUGAUCGAUUCCAACUCGCCGAAACUUGAGAAAAUCUUGAACGAUCUGACUGAUCCUGAUCUAUUGUGGACUGAUUAUGGUCUCCGAUCUUUGAGCAAGAAAUCUCCCCUAUACAUGAAGUACAACACUGAGCAUGAUGGUCCCUAUUGGAGAGGACCGAUCUGGGUUAAUAUGAAUUAUUUGGCCAUCAAAUCUCUGUUUUAUUACAGCAAGGUUCCUGGUCCGUACACCAACUUGUCUUCAAAUUUAUAUGACAAAUUGAGGAAAAAUUUGAUGAAUAACAUGUUCAAAGAGUACAAAAGAACAGGAUAUAUUUGGGAGCAAUACAAUGACAGAACAGGGGAAGGUCAGGGUACUAAAGUGUUCACAGGUUGGUCUUCUCUGGUUGUUUUGAUGAUGGCUGAACUAUAUUAAACAAAUCUAUUUUAAUACAAAAAUUCUCUUAAUGGUGCAUUAAAGAUAGGGAUUAUAGCAACUCUCAUUU